CAACCCCGAGUCCUUCUCGCGAGUCCUCGGCUGCAGUAUGUGUAUUAAAUGAAAACCUCUUCCACCACUUACUACUCGGACUGACAGCGAUGGCGUUCACCGUGAAGAAACUGUCCAUAACUAUUGAUCCGGUAAACGACAGCAAUACAUUUACCAACGGAGACUGUCUGUCAGGCCGAGUUACUCUGAAAGUGUCGAAGGAAACUCAUAUCCAGUGUUUCUCUAUCAAAGCCAAAGGGAAAGCGUCUGUGUUGUGGUCUGAACAUUACGGGAAAUACGGCACGGUGGUCUACCACGAUAAAGAAACCGUCUUCAAAUCAGUCCAGUACUUCGUUCAAGAGAAGAAGAAUAAAGGGCAAGAUGGCUCCUUGUUGUUAACAAAUGAGGCUGGGCAAACUUACUCAAAGAUUGUUGCACCUGGAAUCCAUGUCUACCCUUUCACUUUUCAGAUUCCCCUUAUAGACAUGCCUGCAUCCUUCAAAGGCUACCAUGGAAACGUUGAUUACUUUUUGGAAGCUAAGCUGUCCAGGUCAAUGCGGAUAUCCCGCAAAGCCAGUAUAUAUUUUAACUAUGUUCCCGAGGGAGACAUGUCUAUACCUGACUUGAUGAUGCCUCAGUGUGGGAAUACAGAGAAGAAGAUGAAAUUCUUCUCAUCUGGGAGUGUGGCCAUGAACAUUUCCACAGAGAGGAUGGGUUACCGUUUAGGGGAGGUACUGAAGGUAAGGAUAGAUAUCGAGAACAACUCCUCUCAAACAGUCAAGCCAAAGUUCUGCUUCUACCAGAAGCAAAGCUUUUUUGCCUCGAAAAAAAGGAAACUUGCCAUCAAAAAACUACUGAAAUACAAAGGCAGCGCCAUUGAACGGUCAACCAAGACGACUAUGACUGAAGUGUUGUACAUUCCAGAAGACACCUGUGUUUCCAUCCUCAACUGCAAGGUACUUAAAGUGGAAUAUAGACUUAAGGUCUGUCUGGAUGUGAAAUUUGCUUCUAAUCCAGAAAUCAAGCUGCCAGUGGUGCUUCUUUGCCAGAAAGAAACCAGCGCUGCAGCACCUGUGGAUAUGCACAUUGGAUUUGAUUCUUGGACCAGCAGCCAGGCAGGGUGGAAUAGCUCUGCUGAUUAUAGUACUGUUCAUGGAAGAAAUCAAUCAUUGAAUAGAGUUCAAUGAAAACUGAAGAGGAGCACUUUUCAUUUCUCCUGAAUGUUUACAGGUAACACCAUCAGAAACUACAGUUUUCCAAUAGAAGACGACCUCAGCAUUCUCCCUAGGACUCAAACCCACAACCUAUCCAUUUAUUCAUUCUAAUUUAUCACUACAGUACUCACUGCCUCCUUCAGUCGGGUUUCAGCAGAGUUUAGAUUUGCUCCUGUUUUAGUGGAACUGUGGGAUGAUGCAGUUGCAUUGUUUUUAAUGUAAUUUUAAUCGUUUACAGUUUACUUUAAUACUUUGCUGUCUUCAUUACUCUAAAGGUACAAUUAUGCAUUUUUAAAUACUUUUAAGCGAGAGAUUUUCUACUUAUGCAAUUGUUAAUAUUUUUAUAUUAAAUUGUAACCCCCUCGUCAGUGUGUGCAUAUGCAUGACAAUCAUUAAGGCAUAAGAAUCUGAGAAUUAAGGCAGCUCUUAGAUUCCAUGACUUCUGAUAUACUGCCUCAUACAUUACAUGUUUUAAUCUACUGUCUCUGCUUUUUGGAGGUUUAUUUGCUGAUGGUGGCCUCAUUACAUGUUCACAUCAGCUUAUAUCUGAAACUCUGAGAGGUGUCUUUUCCUCUCAAGUGUACUCCUCGAAGGUUAGUUUCAUGAAGCUAAUGUUGAGAAUAUCUAGUUUAAUGUACUUUCUGAAGUAAGAUGAAAAAAAAAUUCUAUCAAGCAUUUUCAUAAUCUCAAGCUGUGAGCUGUAGGCCUACGAUUGUGCAAACAGCAGCAUCUAGUGGCUGACUUUGUGCUUUCACUAAGGGAUUCUGAAGAAUGGCAUAUAACUCCUGGGUAAAGCUUUUCUCUCUAAUGAAGCUUUCUUAUCACAUGGAGAUUCCCCUGUGCUGUGGAGUGACUACCAGACCACUUUAAAUGAAGUCAGCCAUGUUGCUAUUGUCAACCCAAUGCAGCAGUUCUCUCAGUUUUCUCCAUAGUCCACACCUUUAAAGGCAAUGAUUGUAUUGAGUCAUCACAACUCAAAGAACCAUUUGAAUGCUUAAAUGGUUCUUUGCAUGGUGAAAUGCUUCUUCUCUGUGAUGGAGAACCUGUUGUAUGUAGUUCCUUAAAGCAGUGGUUUUCAAACCAGUCCUCAGGGAUCCCCACAUUUUUGCUCUUUUCUUGUGUUUUGCAUUGCAGCAAAGAUCUGGACUGUUUGGGCUUCUGUCAUGACCACUGCUUUACCACUGCUUUAAAUAACGUUUCAAAAACAGUUCUAUAUAGCAUGACUAUUGUUACAAGUUAUAGAAUCCUUUUUGGCACUAUAUAGAACAGUUUUGCUGAAGAGUGCAUCCUUAAACUUACACUAGUGUUUAAAAGUUUGGAAUCACUGUCCUAAUAAUUGCUGUGCAGUGAUAACGUACACAGUAUAUAUACUG